CUGUCCUCAGAGUAAUUAUUUAGUGAGUGAAAUGCCAACGUGCAUCGUUCCGGGUUGUACGUCAGGAUACGUUUCUAAUCCCGAAAAAGUGCACUUUUUUACUGUUCCGAAAAAUGCCGACAGUGCAAAACAGUGGAAAAUUGCUGUGAGGCGCCCAGACGAUUUUGUUAAAUCUAGAAGUGCUGUGUGUGAAAAACAUUUUCGAAAGAGCGAAAUUCUUUGGAAACGAGAACUACUCGGUCCUGAUGGCCAAGUGCUUGGAGUGUCACAUUAUAAAAUCCCACGACUGAAAAAAGGGUGCGUGCCAUCGCAGUUUCCAUGGGUCGAGUCAACGGAACCGGAUGAUACACAAAUGAAAAAUCUGUUAUCUCCAGACAACAAUCAUGAAUCUGCCGCCACCGCUCAAGUGAAUAUUACCAAAGAUGAAGCGAUGGAAAUUCCAACUCCUGAAGAUUGUGCUACUGUCACUGAACCUGCUCCAAUGAUUUUGCUCGAACAAAAAAUUCCUGAAACAAGUUGUCCCAUAUUUGGAUUCAACGACAUUCUCACUGCACAGUUAAAUCUUCCAACUGGAUGGGCGAGACAAGCAACUUCGUGUGGAGACAAUAAAAUCGUCUUUUUUUUUAUCCACCACACCGUAGAGAUUGAGGGCAUCUUCCAAACUUUCCUACUCAAAGAUGUGACAAUAAAAGAAAACUUGUCGAUUCAGAUCAGAGUUAUGGGCCUACAACUUGAUCCAGCUAGUCUUCAGUUACCUUCAGUCAUUACGGAUAUAGAACAACUGCAGGAUUUGCUGACUAAAAUUCAUCGGUUCAACUUAUGUAAUGGUUGUGCGGAACCACCGAUUAAACCAGAAUUAGAACAAUUGAAUUGCAAGGCAAUCAGAAAAGAUGUAAUGAAUAAAUGGCGUCAUGCUGAAUGCUGUCUUCUGAUUUCAAAAGGAAGGAAUUGCCCAUAUUGCAGCAGGGCGAAAAAAACUUUGGAAACAAAUUUUCGCAGAUUUAUACAAAACAAAGUGAAGGAUCGACGGAAGAAAAAAAAGGAUUUAAAUGAACAGAAAAAGACAUUGGUGAGAUUGCAGUCAAGAUACCGUGCAGCAAUAAAAGCCAAACGUCUCGCUCGAGAACAAAUAAAAAACUUGAAGCAAGAAGUUUUUAAGAUACGGAAGAAAUUAGCCGAAUGUACCUCGAAAGACCUUGAGUAG